AUGGAGGGAGUUGAAAAGGAGGUUGAAGUUGUUCACGAAGGAGAGGACAUGCUGGAAGAUGUUAGUGGGGAGAUCAAAGUGGAGGAGGAAAUGAUUGGAGGAUAUGAGUGUCCGAAUUUCUUUUUCUCUGAAGCAGUGGAAAAGAAGAUUCAGAAGCCAGGGAAAAGAGGAAUUAUUUUCAAAUUGCUAGUGAGACGAAUUGGAUAUAAAGCAUUGGAGAAUCGAUUAAAUCUAGUUUGGAUUCGCAAAGGUGUUUUCAACAUUAUUAAUUUACGCAAUGAUUACUAUCUAGUGGCUUUUUCAAAUGAAGAGGAUAAGAAUGCGGCUAUGGCAAAUGGUCAUUGGUUCAUCUAUGACCACUAUCUCACAAUCAAGGACUGGCGGCCUAAUUUUCAACCGGAGAAUGAUUCCAUUAAGGAGGUAGAUGUGUGGGUGAGAAUAACUGGUUUUCCAAUUGAGUAUUAUGAUCCAAGGAUAUUAUAUGUCUUUGGAAAUCGUAUUGGCCGCACUAUCAAGGUGGAUAAGACUACGAUUAAACAGGAGAGAGGGAAGUAUGUGCACAUUUUUGUAUUUGUUUAA